UUAGUUGCCUUAAGUUGUGUUUUGUUAUUUUGUUUGCAUGCAAUGCUCUGACAUUAUUACUUUCUUUGGUAAAAUGUAAAUUUAUUACCUAAAACACAAUGAUACAAAGCAACACAGAAGGUUGCUAUUGGGUUCUGAGUACAAUGAAUGAAUAAAUCAAAAAACUGAAAAACAAUGUAGCUAACUAGAAAGUCUGUCUGUAGACAAGACUUCUAUUCCCCAAUUUGCUGCUAUUUUUCGUGGCAGAGGAGACAUUUUGAGCUUCGCAAAAUCCAGUACUUAAUCUCUAACAUCUGACAUUAUUACUUUCUCCUGCAUCUUCUCUAGUUCACUGAUAAUGGAGAAGAUAGAGUAGUAGUUGGAACCCUUGAUCUUAACCAGUGCCUUUGGCUUCCUGAUGAAAUAGCUGGAAAGAAACCAGAGGGGUUUAGUGCUGAUUUUGCAAGAGGAUACUUGGCAAAUGUAUGUGUUGCAAAGGAGCUGCACAGAAAUGGACUGGGUUAUGAACUUGUCAAAAAGUCAAAAAUAGUUGCUGAAGAAUGGGGUAAUGGCUUCUUAAUACCACUAUGUUGCAAAUCUCUUGUUUCCUGUCUGUCAUGUAUACCAUCUAUCUCAUAUAUAUGGCCUGUACUCUCCUGAGUCCAUGAGCAAUCCAUAUUCCUUGUUAACCUUGAAUGUGGUUUGACUAUUCUUGUUGAAUCCUGGAAUUCACCAUAUAUAUGUUACCCUUUUUUGGUUGUCUUGGAAAGGGCUUAUCUCAUUAUCCACAAUCCACAAUCUGAUAAUGAUAUAAAACUAUUUCUGUCCAUACGCUUCACCCACCUAUGGGGCAAAUCAAUUUCCUUCCUGCCUUUAUUAUUAUUAUUAUUUUUUAAAUUUAUUUUAUUUUUUUGUCUGAGGUCAGUUAUACUAAGCUCUCCACUUUCUUGUCAUUAGUGGAUGAGUAGAGUUUGCCUAUCCCAUGUGCCAUUGCCAUCUCCCCUCCUUCCCUUUCUUCUGUGCUUGCCAUCUAAGUCUGGAAUCAUGAUGCAUAUGUUUCAUUCUUGGAUAUAAUUCAUAUGCUACUCUUAUUUUCUAAAUCCUGGUCUUUUUAGUGGAUUGCAGUAAUUGUUUCAUAUACCUACCUUUUUUUAUGAUAUGGCAUUAUCUCAACUAGAAAAGUGGCCUGGUAUGCAAAUUUACACUGUUCAUUUCAGGCAUAACUGAUCUGUAUGUUCAUGUUGCUGUCAACAAUGAGCCGGCAAAGAAACUGUACAUGAAAAGUGGUUUUGUAUAUGAGAAUGACGAGCCUGCAUGGCAAGCUAGGUUUCUGGACCGCCCACGAAGGAUUCUAUUAUGGAUUGGUCUCCCUGGUACUCUUGACUUGUAAUGUUACAUUCUACAUUCUGCUUUGAAUGCUUUGUUGAGUAAUAACACUCUUAUAACUUACCCCUAUAGAAUUUGGAUAAUGAAAUGAACUAAAACCU